CGCGGGUAUUCCGUGCAGAACGUCUCGGCAAGAGCUACGCAGUCAAGGUCAUCCACAAGGGCGCCGCUGCCAUGGUGGGCUUCACUCGUCAGGAGUACCUUCGUGAACUCGAAGUGUUCAAGCGCAUCAACGAAGCUCCCGAGACGCACCGGUUUCUCUCUACGCUCAAGAUGUCAUGGGAAGAUCUUGCUCAGGAUCGGAUCUUCUUCGUCAUGGAUCUAUAUCCGACGGAACUGCUCUCCGUUCUGGCCGGAGGUAUGCCAAUUACAAUGCGGGACCGUGAACUCUACUGCAGGGAACUGAUUUGUGCUGUAACCGCUCUUCGUGACCUUGGCAUCAUUCAUCGCGAUAUCAAACCAGGCAACGUGCUCAUCGACGUCCAUGGUCGUGCCGUUCUCUCAGACUUUGGAAGCGCCAUCAACGUCCUCUCGGAUUCCGAGGACGACUUCGAGUAUUGGAAGUGCUACGAUUCCGUAGGAACACCUGCUUACAUGGCUCCCGAAGUCGCGGCCGUCAACGUAACCGUCACUGGAUAUCGCCCCUGCGCCGACAUAUGGAGCCUUGGCCUCGUCUUCCUUGAGAUUUUUGGCAACUUCUCGGGCCCGUAUUUCCCUGUCACGACGAUCGAAGCGAUUCGGACGCAACACGCCAAGCUUGACCCCAUUGAAGGCCUCGACGUUAAGCAGGUGCCUCUUCUCGAAUUGCCUCCGGGUCUUAUGGUCAUGCUUGAAAUGAUGCUUCGAUACCACCAGGAAGAGCGCUUCACUGUGCAGGACCUCUACCUCAUGUAUCAAAGUUACAUGUAUGACUCGGAAGCGUCCCCGGCGAAAGUUGCCCAUGAUUGGAAGCCUGCCAUUGUUUCGCCGCAGGCUGCUGAUGACAGUGAUGUCACGGAACUCUUAUCUUUCCGCGGUUUCGCAAAGACGAUGCCGUUAGCCCCAGAGGAACCCGCUGAGCUCGAAUACCGGGCACCACGCAUGUUCGAGUAA